AUGGCUUCGUCGUCGGCUGCCGUGACCAUCAGCUUCCAUAAACCUGGCACACAGCCUCCCGUCUUUGUGGCUGGAACCUUUUCAGAUCCGCCUUAUAUUCUUCAGGAGAUGCAAUAUAUGCGUGAUGCUGCGGGCGAGCAUCACUUCACGACACAAGUCGCCGUCGUCCCUGGGCAAGACUACAGCUACAGAUUCAGAGUUGGCAACAGCGAGGACUGGACUCUGGAUGAGCAUGCGAGCUUGUCAACGGAUAGUCAUGGGGACAAUGUAAACAUGCUCAGGGUGCCCGUCAUCAGCGAUCCGGCUAGGAGGCUCCAGACACCAAUAGAGCCCACAGAGAGGGAAGGAGGCGGAUCUCCUCACCCUGGACUGCGAGGCAUCGUUGGCGGUGCGGCGGCACCAGUCAAGUCACUUGCGGCCAAGGCGUCGCAGCCGCAGUGCGAGGACUCUCCAGCCCCCAUCGAAAUUGUGGCACCCACGACGACCGACGUUGAAGACACCGAUGAACCGGAUUCCAUCAUGCCUGCCGGUCCGGGCCGUGCGCAAGGCCAAAAGCACGACAUGAUGGACGUAUGCGGCGCGUCUCAGGCUCCCCUCUUUGCUCACGAAUCUUUUGGGGAGGCCGAGUCUGUGUAUGACGGGCUUGAUCACGAAGUUCUCGAUGACCCCUACGGACGGGUGGAACCAGCGGAGGCACUGAGCGACAGCGGCAUCGAAGACAUCGAUGUGGAGGAUCCGACACUUGAAAAGUUCCCCCAGGACCGCGCAUCCGUCAUAAAUACCUUGCGCAACAUUCAGUCUGGUCAUGACGAGGUUCGCGCACAUAUGGAGGACGUACGACCCGCCCACGACAGGUCGAGGAGAACCAGCGAUGGAUCCGCCGACGAAAGUCUCGUCGGGAUUCCUAGCCCUUCGUCGACGAAAAAACAAGAGUACAGACUGUCACAUGGCGGCGGUGUUGGACGUACAAGGUCUGCAGUGUCGCUGGGGCCCAUCGCGGAGGAGCCAAAGGCCGGCACAGACAGCUGGAUCAACCGAGGUCAAGCGUCGGGUGAAAUGCCGACAUCGAUUGACGUUUAA